AUGUUUAUAUGGUUAAUUAUGUUUUUGUCUACUUUAAUUUUUCCUUUUUAUUUAUUCAAUAUUAAAACUUCAACCUGUAUCAAUUUUUGGUUAUUUAUUUUUAUUUAUUGUCUAUAUCAAGUUGGCCUAUUUUAUUUUUCUUUGAAAGCUUUGUUUUGGUUGGAACUUCGUGGAGCGUGUUGUUUCAUUAUUACGUGUGAAAACACUCGUAUUGCAAUGAAAGUCCAUUCAUUUGUGAGAGAAAAUUUUUGUACUAAUCCGGCAAAAAUGUCUUCAAAAACAUCGGAACAAAACUGUGAUAAUGUGAAAAAUUCGAACAUUUCUGAAGUUGUUGCAAAUCCACAAAUUUCAACAGAAACGCCUUCAUGGAAGCAUUUUGUCUAUUUUAUUUUCUGUCCAGCUUUGCUUUACAGACAUUCUUAUCCAAUGUCUCAAACUCGAAGUUGGCUUAAAGUAUUCAACCACUUCAUUCAUUGCUUAGCUUCCAUUUAUGCUGUCAAUAUUUCUUUUACACAAGUUGUCAUUCCUCUGUUUAGUCGGAUUCAAUAUGGAGAAGAUGGUCUUUAUUUGGUAUUAUUAACAGCGAUUUUUCCUUCAAUUAUUCCUGGUUCUGUUUGCCUAUUUAUCGGAAUUUUUUAUGGAUUGCUUCAUUCAUGGCUUUCUAUGUUUGCUGAAGCAAUGUAUUUUGCUGACCGACAUUUCUAUUCGAAUUGGUGGAGCUCAAGAAACAUGGCUUAUUAUUACCGUUCUUGGAAUUUGGUGGUUCAUGAAUGGUUAUAUACAUAUAUUUAUAGAGAUAUUAGUAAUCUGCUUGGCUCCACCACUUUUGGCAAUGCUUUAGCCCAAAUGUCCGUAUUUUUCAUUUCUGCCGUAUUUCAUGAAUAUUGGUUUACUGUUGGCUUGAGAAUGUUUUACCCGAUUAUUUUCUUUCUUUAUUUUGUAAUUGGAGGUAUUAUCUUCCUCCUUUCCAAUUUAAUCAAAAAACCGUCUUCAACUUGGAAUGUUGUUUUAUGGUGGAAUUUGAUGUUAGGGACUGGAAUAUUCUUUGCUUGUUAUGCUUCAGAAUGGUAUGCAAGACAAAGAUGUUCAAAAAUUUAUGAGAACGAUUUGUUGGAUUUGUUGAUUCCAAGGGUUUGGGAUUGCCAACAUCGCUUAAAAUAA